AUGUUUGUUGGCCAGGCAAACAAGGCUUUGACUGAUCUCUACAGAUCUCAUGUCACUAGAGAUUAUACAUUGGAGGGUGAAUUCGGGAUGGUCACAGACAACUUCUCUCACACAGGCCGCCUCAUAGAGAGAACCACAUAUGGUAGUUACACACAUGGCCAGCUGGAGAAAGUCCUGGCCAUGAUCCAGGGAUCCAAUCAGAAGGCCUUGCUCAUGUACUCUAAGGUGGACAUGAACACCCAGGAGGCCUAUGAGCUGGCUGCGAAGGGGAAACUCCAUCCCGACUGGAACUCUCCCCCUAUUAUGACAGGCCUGCGUUUAUUACACUUCCAACCACCCCACUAUACCUUGGAGGUGCAGUGUUUGAAUGAAACCCAGCGUUACCUAUGCAGAAUCUUCCAUGAGUUGGGCUUGGAGCUCCGCAGCACGACUGUAUGUAAAGCAGUGUGCCGCACCAGUGAUGGACCCUUGACCGUACAGCACGCUUUGACCCGCCAACACUGGACUGCCCCUGAUGUUACACAGGCCAUCCAACAGUCCAGGAAGGGUAGAAAAUCCAAGAGCACACAGCCAGGGGAGAAUACAGGAACAGCCAGGGGAGAAUACAGGAACAGCCAGGGGAGAAUACAGGAACAGCCAGGCGAAGACAGGAAAUAG